UAAGGUGGUACAACGGCAGGAUCCGAAUGCCGGCAGUUCCGAACUCAACUUGGAGGUCUUUCGGCUGCAGCUUCGUGCGGAGGGAUGGGGAGGCUUGAAGGUCAAAGCGCUACUGCCUCUGCUGCCUCUACUGGUAUGCCCCUACCAACGCCGAAGAGUGAUACUGCACGACCAGGAUGCACGCAUGUCAACGUUGCGGACUACGAACGACGUGCAAAGGUUGUACUGCCGAAAGGAGAGUUUGACUACUUCGCAGGCGGUGCGAACGACAUGGUUACUCUCAGGGAGAACAGGGCUGCGUACAGGCGUCUACGGCUACGGCCUCGCGUGCUGAGAGACGUGUCUUCAGUCGACACCACACGCACGGUGCUUGGUGAACGCAUGGCGCAUCCCAUUGGAAUCUCGCCCACAGCUGAACAUCGCGCUGCCCAUGACGACGGUGAGUUGGCCACGGCGAGGGCUGCUGCCGGGACUUGUUCGAUGAUGGUGGUGAGCUCGUCGGCAACGACCGCCCUGGAGGAUGUGGCCACCGCCGGUGGUCCCAACAUGCAGCGCUGGUUUCAGCUUUCAUUGUCAUCGCGCAAGAACAGAACAGUGCUCGCCGGGCUCGUUAGGCGAGCCAUCGCGGCCGGGUACACCGCGCUUGUCGUUACCGUGGACCGCCCCGUGCUAGGCCGGAGGGAGGCGGAUCUGCGGAACUGCUACGAGUUGGCCCCUAGGCUUGCGGAGGGCCGAGUGGUAUCGGCAACGGGGGCACGCAUCGGUCGCCGUCCCGACGGAACCAUGGACUUGGGACAGGCGUCUGACGCUCGGCCUGAAGCAGGGAAGAGUCUGAACUGGGACGACGUUCACUGGCUGAGAACUAUCUGCGGGGACAUGAAGAUAGUGGUCAAGAGUGUGAUGACGAGGGAAGCGGCGGAGGAGGCACUGGCGCACGGAGUGGACGCGGUGUGGGUCUCUAAUCAUGGAGGGCGACAGCUAGACACCGUUCCGGCCACGAUUGAGAUCCUUCCAGAGGUGGUGCAAGCUGUGCGUGGACGUUGCGAAAUUUUUGUGGACGGAGGUAUCAGGCGGGGCACGGACGUGCUGAAAGCGCUUGCCCUGGGCGCAUCAGCUGUUUUUAUCGGCCGACCUGUCAUCUGGGGGCUAGCCCACAGUGGCGAGCAUGGAGUGACGGAUGUCAUCAACCUACUCAACGAAGAGCUCGUCCAAGCGAUGCGGCUCAUGGGCUGCAAAAAGCUUGGUGACAUCGAGCGAAGCAUGGUCGCACACCAAAGCUCCUACCACGCUAAGCUCUAG